UAAACACAAACCAAGGAGAAAGCUCUCUGCUUCAUAUUCUGAUAUCUUCGUUUUCUCUUGCUUUUUGAUCUGAAACGUUUGUCAUCGUCGGAAAAUGGUGAAUCCGGUGGGUUUCAGAUUCCGUCCGACCGACGAGGAGAUAGUCGACCAUUACCUCCGGGUGAAAAAUCUUGAAAGUGACACGAGCCAUGUCGAUGAAGUCAUUAGCACAGUCGAUAUCUGUAGCUUAGAACCUUGGAAUUUACCUUCCCAGUCUAUGAUCAAAUCGAGUGAUGCGGUUUGGCAUUUCUUUGGUCGUAAGGAGAAUAAAUAUAACAGAGGUGAUCGACAGAUGAGAAAAACCAAGUCUGGUUUUUGGAAGAAAACUGGAGUUACCAUAAAUAUCAUGCGCAAAAGGGGAAAUCGCGAAAAGAUCGGUGAGAAAAAGGUUUUGAUGUUUUACUUUAACAAGAGUCUCAAGUCCGAUUGGGUUAUGCAUGAGUAUCACGCUACGUUCUCGUCUCCUAAUCUGAUGACAUAUACACUCUGCAAAGUCAAGUUUAAGGGUGAAAGCAGAGAGGGUUCUGUUUCUUCUGGUAGUGGAAUUGAGCUUACUCACUCUUUGAUCCCUCAUACCAACGAUUUUGGAGUUUUUAGUGUAGAGACAGAGUCAUGGAGAAUCUGACAACAACUUGAUGUGCAGGAAGAAACUCAACUGGAAGAUGCAGUGCGCAGGGCUAUCAACAAUAUAUCGACUGAUGACUGGGACAGUUUGUUCAAUGAUGAUGAGCAGAGAUAGAGUAACAUUGUUUCUAUGCAAGGGGAUCGCAGCGAUCAAAAACCUCAAGAUCCAAUGACUGAUGGUGUCUUCGCUGAUCAUAGCAGUGAUGAUAAUGAUUGUGAUUUGAUUCCUGCUACAACAGUAAGCAAAAAUCUACUAUCUUACCUUUCUAAUCCUCUGUUUUCACAUUUACCCUCACAAAGCUAAAGUUUUUGUUUCAUAGGACACCUUUUGUACUUUCAAAAUCUGUAGAAGUUUAUGUUAUGUGUCUUUCUCG